AUGUCAACUGUUGGCUUUAAUCUGCGUUCCUGGAAUUCAAACAGCUGUCAUUUGCGCGCGCUUUCCAAAGCAGACGACAUAGUACAUGAUUCAGACGAAAUUACGAAGAGUCUAGGCAUGAGAUGGGAUGCUAUUAAUGAUCAGAUAUUUUUGAACCAGAGAUCUAUAAAUAGGCUCAAUCCGAUGACAAAACGCACCAUACUCCAAGAAACGGCGAAAUUGUAUGAUCCUCUUGGAUUCUUCAGCCCAAUAACGAUAAGAGCUAAGUUCCUACUACAAGUCAUAUGGAAAGAGAAUUACGAAUGGGACGCACCACUUCCGGAAGCCAUACAGACACAGUGGCAGAAUAUAGCAGAAGAUAUCAAUGGUACAAUUACGAACAAAUUUCAAAGAUACUACUUUGAUAAAGCAGACAUAAAAAUCACUUCCGGUAAUGUAGGGAACCAGACAGAACUAGCAGAUGAUACAACUGCCCUUCAUGUAUUUUGCGAUGCAAGUCUACAAGCCUAUGGAUCAGUGGCAUACAUCGUCAAAGGCAAACAGUCUACAUUGGUCAUGUCGAAAACUCGUGUUUCACCACUUAAGCAAUUGACACUACCGAAACUCAAACUUAUGGCUGCGGUUAUUGGAGCCCGUCUUACAAACCAUGUGUUUAAGUAUAUACCAGCACAUUCAGUCUACCUAUGGUCUGACAGCCAAAUAGUUCUUCAUUGGUUAGCAACUAAUCGGAAGUUGAAGACAUUUAUACAGAACAGGGUCAUGGAGAUUCACAAAAUUACAGAGAACCGGAAGUGGAGGUAUUGUCCAACAGACCAGAAUCCAGCCGACCUAUUAACAAGAGGUUUGUCAGCCAAGGAAUACCAGAAAAGCAGCUUGUGGAAUAACGGACCAGAAUGGCUUCCUGACAUUAAUAGUUGGCCUAGCUGGCAACCAAAUGACAAUGCCAUUUUGUUGACAACAACCGAAAAUGAAGAAGAUGAUUUAAACCAUGAAAGAAACAGAGACAGAAGAGUGUCAAGACUCGAACCUUUAACCGUUCAAGAGUUACAAGAGGCUGAACGACUGUGGCUACAUAGCACCCAGCUCUUGAAGUAUCAGGCUGAGAUCAAUAAUCUGAAAUCAAAUGGUAAACAACUUAGUCUAGUGAAACAUUUACGACUUUUCCUUUAUGAAGAUGGAUUUCUACGAUGUGGCGGGAGAAUCCACAAUGCACCAGUAGCAGAACUCACCAGAUUUCCAUACUUACUUCCCGCAAAACAUCCUUUCACAAGGUUACUAGUUUUAGACGCACAUGAGAACCAACUUCACGCAGGCGCAAGUGCAUUGAUCACACAUUUACGACAGAGAUACUGGAUACCAUCGAUCCGUCAGUAUAUACAAAGCCUUCUCCGGAAAUGCUUUCAAUGUCGAAUGGUAACAGGCAAACCAUAUACAGCACCAGAUCCAACACCCCUACCAAAAAUUAGAGUACAAGAUACAUCUCCAUUUACAGUCACCGGGGUUGAUUUCUCGGGAGCUUUGUAUGUACGAAGCAAUUCUAGAAUUGAGCAUAAGGUUUAA